UCUCUUAGCUAGCUAGCUUAGCAGAGUGUGAAGUGCAUGAACAAGAGAGAGAUCAAAAUGCGCAUAAAAAACAUCUCCGUUUUCACGUCUUUCGGUACUUUUCUAGUGCUCCUGAUCAUCGUCUCGUUUCAUGUACAAACCAAAGCAGCUGAUGGUGAUGAUCAGAAUGCCGGGAGAUGGAGUCGGAGCGACCGCGUUUAUAUCGUGUACAUGGGUUCCGCGGCAGUCUCAUCAACAAGUAGUGAUGAUCUUUCUUCCUUAAAGAAUGAUCAUGCUCAGCUUCUCAGCUCUGUCAGAACACGGAAACCAAAUGCAGUUGUGUACACUUACAAGCAUGGUUUCUCAGGGUUCGCGGCUCGUCUCUCGAACGAAGAGGCGAGAUCCAUUGCUGAAAAACCUGGAGUUGUAUCAGUUUUUCCCGAUCCCUUAUUGAAACUCCACACUACUCAUUCUUGGGAUUUCCUCAAGUAUCAAACUGCUUUAAAAAUCGACUCAAGUAUCAAACUGAAAAACCUGGACUUACCGAAAAUUAAAACCAUCUCAAGAACUGUUCCCAAAGAAUUUUCUUGCCCCACGGACUCCAAUGCUGAUUACAUAUCCAACAUCAACUACCCUUCAAUAGCAAUUUCCAACUUUAAUGGAAAAGAGAGCAAGAACGUAACCAGGAAGGUAACGAACGUUGCAGGAGAUGGCGAAACGGUUUUCAGCGCUACUGUGGAUGCGCCUAGCGGUCUAACUGUGAAAGUGAUUCCUGAAAAGCUGCAAUUUUCCAAGAACAACCAGAAGCUGAGUUACCAAGUGGUUUUCUCUCCUACAACUUCCUCUCCCAAGGAAGAUACGUUUGGGUCUGCAACAUGGACAAACGGAAAGUACAGAGUCCGAAGUCCUUUCGUUAUAGACAUUUGAAAACUGAUAGGAAGUAUUUCAAUAAAUCAAGUUAUAACUAUCAUAGCUAUGUGUUGCCUCUGCAAUAAACAGCUGACCUAAUAAUAUA